AAUUAAGAAGACAAAAAUGGAGAAGAUAGAACACAAGAUGGUAGCAGUGAAUGGCAUAAACAUACAUGUAGCAGAGCUUGGCAAAGGCCCUAUGAUCCUCUUCAUCCAUGGCUUCCCUGAGCUCUGGUACACCUGGCGCCACCAAAUUCUCUACCUUGCUUCUCAAGGCUACCGUGCAGUGGCUCCUGACCUCCGUGGCUAUGGCGACACCACCGGUGCUCCAACAGACGACCCCACCAAGUUCACCACCCUUCAUGUGGUCGGAGAUCUGGUGGCGCUCAUUAACACCUUGGUGGCCCCAGGUGAGGACAAGGUGUUUGUGGUGGGACAUGACUGGGGUGCAUAUAUUGCUUGGGAUUUAUGCCUUUAUCGGCCGGAUAAAGUAAGGGCCUUGGUGAAUAUGAGCGUUCCUUUCAAUCCAAGAAAUCCUGAGAUCAAGCCUGUUGAUAGACUGCGUGCUGCCUAUGGAGACGAUUACUACAUCGUCAGAUUUCAGGAAGUUGGAGAAAUUGAAGGUGAAUUUGCCGUUUGGGGUACAGAAAGAGUUCUAAAUGAUUCUUUCACUUAUCACAAACCUGACCCACUUUUACUACCAAAGGGUAUAGGGUUUGGAAACUCACUAGAUGCUCCUAUAAGCUUGCCUUCAUGGCUGUCCAAAGAGGAUCUUGCUUACUAUACCAGCAAAUACGAGAAAACUGGCUUCACCGGAGCUCUAAACUACUAUCGAGCCUUGAACACAAACUGGGAAUUAACUGUCCCAUGGAGCAAAGCUCAAGUGAAAGUACCAGUUAAGUUCAUUGUGGGUGACCUUGAUCAGACCUACCAUACGAUGGGUGUCAAAGAGUAUAUAGAGAAAGGUGGGUUCAAGAAAGAUGUGCCACUUCUGGAAGAUGUAAUCAUACUGCAAGGUGUUGGCCAUUUUCUCCAAGAAGAAAAACCUGAUGAAAUCAACAAACACAUCCAUCAAUUCUUUAAGCACUUGCGUACUACAGAAGCAUGCAUGAUGAUUUACAAUUAUGGCAGAAAACAUAGGGAAACGGAAAAGAAAGAACCAGCUAACCUAAUGGAGGGAAUACAACACAAGACAGUAAAUGCUAAUGGGCUCAACAUCCACAUAGCAGAAAAGGGUGAAGGUCCAUUAGUCUUGCUCCUUCAUGGCUUCCCUGAGCUCUGGUACUCCUGGCGCCACCAGAUUUUAUAUCUGGCGGAUCAUGGUUAUCGAGCUGUGGCACCAGACCUCCGUGGCUAUGGUGACACAACAGGUGCACCAGUCAAUGAUCACACCAAGUUCACCGUUUACCAUUUGGUGGGUGACUUGAUUGGGCUUCUUGAUGCCAUCACAAGUGAUCAAGGAGAGAAAGUGUUUGUUGUGGGUCAUGAUUGGGGUGCAUACGUCGCUUGGAACUUGUGCUUGUUUAGGCCUGAUAGAGUCAAGGCUUUGGUGAGCCUGAGCGUGCCCUUUAUUCCAUGGAACCCAAAUGGUGACAUGGUCCAGUUGCUGAGAGCCGCAUUUGGGGAGGAUCACUAUAUUGUUCGAUUUCAGGAACCUGGAGAUAUUGAAGCUGAGUUAGCUAGCAUUGAUACUAAAACAGUUGUGAAGAAGUUCUUGACAUUCCGGAAUCCAGAACCAUUUUAUUUUCCUAAAGGUAAAGGUUUUCAAUAUUCACCCAAUGAUGCCACAGUUACCUUGCCAACAUGGUUGUCAGAAGAAGAUGUUGAAUACUUUGCUACCCGAAUCGACAAGUCUGGGAUUACUGGUGCAGUCAACUACUAUCGAGCCUUGCCUUUGAACUGGGAACUAACGUCGGCAUGGCAGGGAGCUAAAGUGAUGGUGCCAUCGAAAUUCGUGACGGGGGACCUGGACCUAGUGUAUCAUAUGCCAGGAAUGAAGGAUUACAUAGACAAUGGUGGGUUUCAAACAGAUGUUCCAUUGUUGGAGGAAGUUGUGGUGAUUGAAGGUGCAGCCCAUUUCAUUAACCAAGAGAAGCCUAAUGAGAUCAACAAACAUAUAGUUAAGUUUCUACAGAAAUUCUGAUGCCUCUUCAAAUUUUCAAGCAUAUUUAUGGCAAUCAAGUGAUGCAAUUAAUAAUAGGUUUCAUGUGUGGUGUGGGGUUGGUUUUAAUCAAGUGAUGCAAUUAAUAAUAGGUUUCAUAUGUGAUGCAAUUCUUGGAUGUUU